AGGGGGCGGCCCGGAGGGACCGCUUGGUUACUCGGGACGCCGCAGGUGGGCAAGUGCCUUGUUGCUGUGUGGUGAAAGCAGCACACAAUGGCUUACAGCGUGACUCUGAACGGACCUGGACCAUGGGGCUUCCGACUGCAAGGGGGCAAGGACUUCAACAUGCCCUUGACCAUCUCCAGAAUCACCCCUGGCAGCAAGGCAGCACAGUCACAGAUGAACCAGGGGGACCUUGUGGUGGCCAUUGAUGGAGUCAACACUGACAGCAUGACCCACCUCGAGGCCCAGAACAAGAUCAAAUCAGCCAGCCACAACCUGAGCCUCACUCUUCAAAAAUCUAAACGUCCAGUGCCAGUUUCAACCACAGCUCCCAGAAUUGACUCUCCCAGGGCUGUAAUCCCCCACCAGAAGGUCAUAACCAACACCGCUGCCAACCCGGAGUUCACGGAGCGUUUCAACCCCAAUGUCCUGAAGGACUCUGCCCUGUCUACACACAAACCCAUUGAGGUGAAGGGCCUUGGCGGCAAGGCUACCAUAAUUCACGCCCAGUAUAACACCCCGAUCAGCAUGUAUUCCCAGGAUGCUAUCAUGGAUGCAAUUGCAGGCCAGGCACAAGCCCAGGGUGGAGAAUUUGCUGGUGCCCUCCCUCUUAAAGACCCUCACGUAGACAGUGCCUCCCCGGUGUAUCAGGCUGUGCUGAAAACCCAGAACAAGCCUGAGGACGAGAGCGAGGACUGGAGCCGCCGCUCUGCCAACCUGCAGUCCAAGUCCUUCCGCAUCCUUGCCCAGAUGACUGGAACCGAGUACAUGCAAGAUCCAGAUGAAGAAGCCCUGAGGAGGUCAAGAGACAAGGAAAAUGUUGCAGCAGCAUCAGAAAACAGUCUAAUUAGCACCCCUGUUGAGCAUGCUCCGGUGUCUACCAGUCCUGCUGCUCCUGCACCACAUGCUUCAGCACCUCAGCCUGCUACUGCUGCUCAAAAUCCAGCCAGCCUGAUGACACCACCUGCAAGCACCUCAGUAGUGCAGGAGUCGUUCUCAUCCUCCUUCCAAAGUUUCAACCGGCAUUCUUCCACUUCCAUCAGCUACCAGUCACAGAAGAGAAACACAAGCCAGUCAUAUACACCAAUGCCAGUUUCUGGAAGCUACGGUGAAAGUCCUGCUGCUUCUGGUACUUCAAAACCAAGAGUUGUUACUACUGCCAGCAUAAAACCCUCUGUCUACCAGCCAGCACCAGCACCAGCACCAGUUCAUUCCUACACCCCAGCCAACACGGAGCCUGCGAGUCGCCCUCCCUGGGUAACAGAUGACUCCUUUUCCCAGAAAUUCGCACCUGGAAAAUCCACCACCACUGUCACAAAGCACAUCCUACCAAGGGGUGCUCCAGUGCCAUCUCCUGCCUCAACUUCUGCUUACCCAUCUCCAGUUCCACCUUCUUCCCAGCCUCCCACGACGCGGGGAACAGUUCAGAGGGCUGAGCGUUUCCCAGCCAGCAGCCGAACUCCUCUCUGUGGCCACUGCAACAGCAUCAUUCGAGGUCCUUUCCUGGUAGCCAUGGGUCGCUCUUGGCACCCAGAAGAAUUCAACUGUGCUUACUGCAAGACAUCCUUGGCUGAUAUGUGUUUUGUGGAGGAGCAGAAUAGUGUGUACUGUGAGCGCUGCUACGAACAGUUCUUUGCACCCACCUGUGCCAGGUGCCACACCAAGAUCAUGGGGGAAGUGAUGCAUGCCCUAAGACAGACUUGGCACACAACCUGCUUCGUCUGUGCUGCUUGCAAGAAGCCAUUUGGGAAUAGCCUGUUUCACAUGGAGGACGGGGAACCUUACUGUGAGAAAGAUUAUAUUGCUUUGUUCAGCACAAAAUGCCAUGGCUGUGAUUAUCCUGUUGAAGCUGGAGAUAAAUUCAUCGAAGCCCUUGGACACACUUGGCAUGAUACCUGCUUCAUUUGUGCUGUAUGCCACGUGAAUUUGGAAGGUCAGCCAUUCUACUCCAAGAAGGAUAAGCCACUCUGCAAGAAGCAUGCCCAUGCCAUCAAUGUUUAAAAGAAGAGUUGGUAGUCAGUAAUGCUGGGGUAAAACAGAUGACUAACUGGGCAAUCAUAAAGUUGAUAACCAUGGCUAGCAUUUCCCUUGGUAAAAGCUAGGAAGUUGGUACUUCAGAAGUUUUUUAUCCUCUUUCGUAAAUGCAGAACGUGCUUUUUUCGCAAGGUUCACACAAAAACCUACCGAGUGAACAGUCGAAACCAAAUGAACUAAUGAACUAGUCUGUUAUUAGAGCAACAGCUGGGGAAAAUCUUGAAACUAACUAAAAACCUUAAUAUAAAAAGUAAUGUGCAAAUACAGUUUCAAAUGAACUACCCGCAGCAGUUUUACUGCUUAGACCACACACUGAUGUUCAGAAACGACUGGAAAAAUCCUUUUGUAGUAAGUCAUUUUCUUUCACAGCAAGAAUGAGUAAGUGCCAUAUGUACAGUCACCUGUAGAACCAAAGGCCAUAGCUUUCAAAGGGAAAUAAAUAGAUUAGGGCUUCCUCUAUGAAAGUGAGCGCUGUUCCAUUAUGUUGUGGGGCUACCUCAUAGCAUCAGAUAUUUUAGAUUCUUUCCAAAUAAGAAGUCUGCCUUGAAUCCAUAUGUAGCUGGGAAGCCUAGGUGACAAUCCAUAACAGUUUGAAAAUGAAGUGGAAACAGAAUAACGCCUUCCAUAACCCAGUAAGAUUGAGGAAAGCAUGCUGGGUCAGCCUUGCCAGUGCACUUGGCUUAUAUGUGCACAGUAGAUCAGUUCACUUUCAAAUCAUGAUGGAAAAGGACAACUGGCUUUCUCCAAAUUGCCCUGACAUUGAAUGGAAUAGAGCUAUCUGGAAAGGCCAACUUUUAAUUUGAAAUCAGCUUUCCUUUCCUCUUGAGGUAAAAAAAAAAAAAAUAAAUUAAUUCAAAGUCUCUUUGGUUUCUAAUUCUCACUGAUAUCAGAGGGAGGUAGAAAUCUACAUCUGGGCCUUCACGUUGAUGAAUACAGAAGAAACACGUCCAUCUAGCACAGCCAGGAAGUGGAAGAUUCCCUAUUCUAUCUCACAUAAUUGGGAAAAGGGCUUUUCUUUUUGUCCUAUAGUAAAUUAACACUGAUUAAAAAUCCAUAAGGCAGCAGGCACAUGCUCUGUAUUACCUUCCUUAGUUUAAAUGCAACACAUCAUGAAUUGUAGCAGUAUUUACCAUUGUAAAACAGUAGCUGGGUUCUGACAAUUAGGAUAACCACACAGACAUCUUUUCUAAGAACCAUACAGUCAUCUUUCUUCUAAUAUUUUAAGAAAAACUUUCUAGUUACUCAAAACCAGUUAUUUAUAGAACAUUUUUUGGGAUUUUUUUCAAAUAAGCAAAACUUGUAGUACUGAUAACACUUCUGAAUUUUUAAAUAGCAAUGACUUUUACAUUGGAGACAGCAGUUCUGUCUGAUGGAGUUAAGAUGGAAAGUCUGAUCACUAUUCAAGUUUUAUUAACUCGUUUAAGUGAGAAUUACGAUGUGUGUGUUGACAGCUUGCAGUACUGACAGUUUGGAACUAGUAUUUCUGAGGCUGAGGAUGCAUUCUGUGGGCCACAUGCUGGUGCCCUCUGCACCUAUUUUACCUUGUGCUUUGAGCAACAAAAAAUGACAUAACAAUGUCUGCCUUGCCCCUCCUGUGGGUAAUGCCCAUUUUAAGAUAUUUCUGUGUCUUUCAAGGAAUGAAAAACGAUCCAAAGUUUGGGACAGGAAUAAAAGAAAUUUGGAGUUCUAAUAUGAGAGUUAAGUUAGCUGCAGGCAGUUUGCAUCUUGGACAAAAAGAGCAACCUGAGCUGCCUGUGGCAGUUUUGAUAUGUAUGACUGGUAUUUAUUCAGUAGGUAUCUUAGUUUUCACUGAUCGUAGCAGUGAUCUGAUCUGAGUGCUACAGGCUCAGAUUUUUGUGUGCAUGAAUUAGUCUAAAACACUAGUACAUCAUAUGCAAAGCCUAUUUUUUUUUUCUAUAAGCAAGCAAAUUUUCUGUUUUCAGUCGGUGCUGGGCUGGUAUGAAUAUGGUUCCAUAGGUUACAAAAUCCAAAGAUCUGGCUCACAAUAUUCUCCAGAGGAAUAAAUAGUAAUUAUGGGAGUUAAAUGUUUUUCCCACCCAUAUUUGACUUCAUUAAACACAUUUUCACAACAGUGA